AUGGAUCUUCUGUUUUUGAAUGUUUUACUACCUCUAGUCUCUGAAAUUCUGUAUAAUCUGGUGGAAAACUUACUUGAUGAACUCGAGCUCGUUGUUACGAGCCUGGCGAGCCAACUCCGCAGCCGAUCCAUCGCUGAAGGUGGCGAGACGUGGCUCGACGGAGUAAGCAGCGACGCUUUGGCUGGUGGAGAUGGCGAUGAACGCGAUGGCGGCGACGAUGAUGAGAAGACGCAUGUUUUGGUGUCAGGGGACCCUGAAAACUGGGAUAAUUUGAUAGGGCGGGAGCUCAACGAAACCCAAAACCUGGGCUCGGAGCUCUGGGAUCUGACAUUCUAG